AUGGCUGAGGAGAAGACCUUUCGCUACGGGUUCAUCAUGCUGGGUUUCUUCCUGGUGAUGACAGGAAUAUUCAUCAUGAGCGUGGAAAAACCCCACAUCUACAUCACUUUCUGCGCCCUGGGUGUCCUGCUCGUAGCUGUGGGCAUCACCUGGAGCAUGUGCCAGUGCUAUCCAAAGAUAACGUUCAUCCCUGUGGACACCGAGGCCAAGCAGUUCCUGGACCACAAACCCAUCAUGCUGCAGGAGGGGAACACCCGCUUGGUUGCACCCUGCCCCAACCACGAGGAGAAAAGCCUGCUGUCCUACGAGCAGACCCAGAGCCAGGUGGAGGACUCAGCCCCACUCCCUCCCACAGCCCAGCCCAGACCCCGCAGCUGCUCCCAGCCAGCCGUGCAGGCAAGAGCAGAGGUCCACAGGGAGCUGGGGGAUGCUGGAGAUCUCCCCCCAGAGCCAGACCCUCGGCUGGACACGGCGGCAGGCGACUGCCCCUCCCGGCCAGCCCCGCUGGCAUCCCUCCUGGAGGACAUGGACACGCCAUCGCUGGAGGGCUCCCCGCCCGGCAGCCCCGUGCCACGGUGCCCACAUCCCCCAGCUUCCACCUCCUGCUCCAGCCGCAGCCCGACCAGCUCCCCGGCGGGGGGAGAGCAGCCCGGUUCCCCCCGCAAAGGCACCGGGGAGGAGGACGACCUGUAUUACGGGCUGGGAGAGGGGCCGGACGCUCUGCCCGACGACACUGACUGCCUUUUCGAGCCUGAAAACUGA